UCAGGCGGCAGAGCGCGGCCGGCCCCCAUGCAGGCAACAUGAGGCGCGCAUGGCUCGUCGUGUCGGCUGCUCUGUGGCUGUGCCUCUGGGCGCCCGCGCCUGCUCUCUCGCAGGAAGCCGAAGCCGAAACCGAAGCUGAAACCGAAGCCGAAGCCGAAGCGGAAGCCGAAGCCGACGCCGAAGUCGACACGACAGUGUCGGUCCAAGUCGUUGAAGAAAACUGGACUAUUGUUCUUCAACCCAGAUGUUGUUCGGACUGCACGUUUGUAUCCAGAGGCUUCAAGUGCAAAGUGAAAAGCUGUCUCAGUAACUGUCCUUGGGCGAGAAGUUCAGCAACACCUUCUGCAGUGCCUUUGUUCUAGUGCACCAUGGAGGUGGCUUAUGGCAAAUAAUUCAUCGAAUCCUUCGAUGCAAAACAGCUGAAGAGCUUUUCACAUAAAAAUGUGAAUCUUGCAACACUGUCAGUGGUGUCUGAAUAUGUAGCAGAGGCAUCAGAAAUCCAUCUAACAGGAAGUUGCAGAUACUGCAGCGCUUUGGGAUGCAAUCCAUAUAGUCUUGCUAUAAUUUUAUUGAUCUCUCUCAUCAUUCAUGGAUGGAUGUUACUUCAGUACUGUUAUUUUACCACUGAAUCUGCAAAUCGUUUCAUAAAAUAUUUAUUGUUUGUCUAGAGAUAACAAUCGUAAAUCAAAGAGUUAAAUUUGUGUGAGAGGGUUUCCUGAGUGACAACAGCUCAAAAGAGUCAAUGAAAAGUACCCCUUACAGGUCACAAGUUUUAGUAAAAUAAUUAGAAACGAAUUAAGAAUUGCCACUGAAAAUGUAAGUGGAUAAUGUUUUAGAGCUAUUUAUUCUAAUAUUGAUUAAAUGGAUCAUAUUAUAAAAUGAAAAUAAUAUUUCCAAUACUAAAAACUCAGUGAAUUCACCAUUACCGUUCAUUGCUGAAGAAUAUUUUCAAAUUACUGUUUCUCUUUGGUUACACUGCACAGAAGUAAAAAGUGUGAUGUUCAGUCGAACAUGCUGAGUAUAUAUAAGAAGUAUUCAGAGACAUAGGAUGAAAGUUACUCAGAUAACUGAAAUAUUUAUUAAUUAAUUGAGUGUUUGUGUUGUGCCAUAUUAAUGUAAUCAUGCAGCUGGUAUUUUUAACGUCACAGUUUAUUUUGCAUUUGGAGAACUUAUUCUCAUAGCACUUUUAGUGAAACUUAUGACAAAAUAUUGCUUUGAAAGAAGUAGCAUAAGUUUAAAAUUAUAUU